UCAACUAACCCCUCUUUCUCUCUCUCUCUCUCUCUCUCUCUCUCUCUCUCACAUACUUCAUGGAUACUUAUUCCUACUUAUUCCGAUCGUCGACGGAUUAUCGCCGGCAAAUUCGCCGGAAAGCUACUUUCCAGAAGCGGUGUUUGACCAUGGCGAAGCAGGAGAGAACCAGAUUCUACAUACUCCGACGGUGCGUUUCUAUGCUCUUGUGUUGGAACAAUCAUUCCGUUUCUGAUUGAUCAUGUUAGCAAUCGGAUUAGUAAAGAUACAGAAGAUUUUGAUAUUUUCGAUGUGAAUUAUGAGCUCUUCCGUUUAUGGCGGUGAUUGGCGGAAUUGAAGGUGAUUUCACGCAACCGGUGGAGGUUGAAGGAAAGUUCUAGAGUUUAAGGACCGUACAAAGGGAGAUUUGAGUACUAGCGGUGGCGGCUAGAGGUGGAGAACGAGUCAGGUUAACAGAGGAAGAUAUGAAUUGUUACUGUAUCGAAGAAUUUUGGAUAUUUACAGUCGGUUAAGAAAAAUUAUGAUUGUUUAUCUCCGAUUACAUAAACCAGAAGACGAUUCUUCUUCUCAAAUUUCAAGCAGCAACGAUGAGAUGAACUUGUUUUCCAUACAACAAUCGUCUCGUCGUUGCUGUUUAUGCAACAAUCAACGUUGAUGACCUCUGUUCAUAAUCCUGGAAGCAUGAUCGAUUGGCUUAGAUUUCGUGUUUUGCCUGACGAUCAAGCUCAAGGAUCCGAGUUUUGAUAACGGACAUGUCCGAUUUAUCAAAUUCAACCGUUGUUCCUCAAAAUUAAUCAUGAUUCUGUUUGAUUUUGUUAUUUCAUAAUGAAAAGAUCGAAUACUUCAAUCC